GUGGAUCAACAAGGUCAGGUGAAUUGACAACAGCAUCAGAUGGAUCUACAGCAACGCCUGACAGAUCACCAACGACGUCUGAUAGAACAACAUUCCCAUCUCCAACGACAAUAAUCCUUGAAUCAACAUCUAUGUCUGGAGCAUCACCUACAAUGUCAACUGGAACAACUACAACGGCAUUUACAUCCAAAGAUCCAUCUAUUAUUUCAGUUGGACAUACGACAUCCGACGGAUUGCUUGCAACGUCAUUUGGAUCAACGUGGUUGUCAGGAGGAACUUCAACAACGCCACUACUGCAGUUCGAUGAUUCUACAACAAGGUCAAGUGGAUUUACAAAGACAUCCGUUGCAAUAUCAGCAACACCAACAACAUCAUCAGGAGAAAGGAAAACAUCAGAGGAAUCGACAGCAACGUUCGGUGGAUUACGGACAGGUGAAGCAAAGGCAAAGGGGCCUACAACAUCCGACAUAUUUACAAGACUGUCUGGUGGAACCACAAUGAAAUUCGAUGGAUCAAUGACAACACUACUUGGAUCAGCAGCAGCGUCAGGUACAUUGACAACUGAAUCAACAACGGCUUCAGAUGGAACAGCAGCAACUUCGCCGGAUGGAUUGAUAGCAGUGCCAGGUGGUGGUCCUAGAACCUCAGAUCUAACUUCACAAACGUCAAGUGUAUCCAAAACGACCUCAGUUGAAACUGACAAAUAUACAACUAGUGGUAACACGGCAACACUGCCGAAUGGGACUACAUCAACAGCAGGUGGAUCUACAAUGACAUUCUAUGGAUCCACAAGUACACCAACUGGAACAGUGUCAGGUGGAUUGAGAACCUCAUCUGAGACAACGACACCAACGACAUUUCAAACAAUAAAUGGAUUGCCAAUAACUUUGGAUGGAUAUACGACAAUAUACGAUGGAUUUACGCCAGGGAGAUCAACAACAACUAUAGGUGAAUCAAUGACAAUGCAUGAGGGAACUGCAUCCACAGCAGGUGGGUCUAUCACAUCAGGUCAAUUAACAGGUACAUCGCCUGAAUCAGAAGCAGCAUCGUGGGGAAAUACAGUCGCAUUCAGUGGAUCAACUAAAACGUCAGAUGGAUCAUUAACUACGCCACUUCAAGCUACAUCAUCUCAGUUAUCAACGUCAUAUGGGUCAGUAACUACGCCAGUUCAAGAUACAUCAUAUCAUUUAUCAACGUCAGAAGGAUCAGAAGCUACGUCACUUCAAACUACACCAUCUCAGUUAUCAACGUCAGAUGGAUCAGAAGCUACGUCACUUCAAACUACACCAUCUCAGUUAUCAACGUCAGAUGGAUCAGAAACUACGCCACUUCAAACUACACCAUCUCAGUUAUCAACGUCAGAUGGAUCAGAAACUACGCCACUUCAAACUACACCAUCUCAGUUAUCAACGUCAGAUGGAUCAGAAACUACGCCACUUCAAACUACACCAUCUCAUUUAUCAGGAUCAGAUCGGUCCGAAACUACGCCACUUCAAACUACACCAUCUCAUUUAUCAACGUCAGAUGGAACAGAAACUACGCCACUUCAAACUACACCAUCUCAGUUAUCAACGUCAGAUGGAUCAGAAACUACGUCACUUCAAACUACACCAUCUCAGUUAUCAACGUCAGAUGGAUCAGAAGCUACGUCACUUCAAACUACACCAUCUCAGUUAUCAACGUCAGAUGGAUCAGAAGCUACGUCACUUCAAACUACACCAUCUCAGUUAUCAACGUCACAUCUGGCAAUGACAACAACGUCAGAUGGAUCAAGAAGAACAUUUGAGACUAGAUCGACGUCAGAUGGCUUACCAACGACGUCAGAUGGUUCUACUCACACGUCAGAGAGCCCUACAGCAACAUCCUUCAGAAGUACACCAUCAGACGCAUCAACAUCAACGUCAAAUGGAGCUACAACCACGUUAGGUGGAUCUACGCUGACGUCAGGUAGUGCUACAACAACGCCAAGUGUAUCGUCAUCGACUUCAGGCAGAUCUACAACUAGGUCAGGUGGAAGUACGCUGACGUCAGGGGGAACUACAACGUCAGUCAGAUCAACGUCAGAUGGCGCGACAGGAACGUCAGGUGAAUACAGAAUGACGUCAGAUACAUCUACAACAGCGUCAAAUGGAGCUACAUCAACGUCAGAUAGCGCUAGAGCAACGUCAAGUGGAUCGACAAUCACGUCAGAUGGCGCUACAACGACAGAAGGCGCUACAACAACUCCAGUUGAAACUAAAUCAACGUCAGAAGAAGCUCAAGCGACGCUGACCUCUUGUGGAACUUCUGCUCUCACCUUCAAAGUUGACAACUCUUCUGCGUCAGGAGGCGUGACCAAGAAGUUGAACUGUGUUUGCAGAGGGUCAAAGCGAAAAUUUACAUCUGAGGCUGGAAUGAAAAAGAUUAUCAAAGAAUUGCGGAUUGACCCCAAGACACUGUCAUCCCACAAACGUAAGAUGAUAUCUGUAAAAGAUGACCGCCCUUCUGCAGUGUCCAUGGGAAAGUCGGGUAUCGCAUUCCUUGUAAUCUUUUUCGUCGUAGUCGUCUUAUUUGACAGCUUAAGCGUCUUUGACAGACGUUGUGAACGACAAAGGAGAGGGCAACGCUGGUCAUUCAACUCUGCGUAACUGCAGCAGCGUUACGUUGUUAGCUAGCAUGUAGGCGCUGUGUGAUUGAAAUAUUAACUUUUUAAUUUUUUAACUGCCAUAUCCAGGAAAUCUUUCUUUCCGAUAAGCACAGAGUGAUGUCGUAGAGGCCCGUUCUGUCUACGCUAUUUUUGCAUAUUUGCAAAUUCUAAAUUUACUUUGUAACGAAACAUAUUUGAAAUCUCUUAGAACAUUGAAGUUUUGAUGUACUGGCAUCAUACUGCGUUGACAGAGGACUCCAAUGAUUUUACAACGUCAUUUAUUUGCUUAAAAUAUAAAUUAGAGGUGUUUAAUAUUUCAUUUUAUACCAAACCCUAAAUGAUUUAUUUUUUGUCAAAUGAAUGACAAAGUGAUCAGUAAGCAUCCUUCCUCAUUA